AUGACUAGCUUUGCAUCACAGAACCUAUUCUCAGUCAAGGGCUACGUGGCCGUCGUCACGGGAGGACGCAGUGGCAUUGGUUACAUGAUCUCCAGGGGACUCGUCGCCAAUGGUGCAAAAGUGUACAUUGUGGACAUUGGGCCCCUGGAUGAACAGCUCGUGCUGUUGAAUGAGCUCGGCAAGGAAGCUGGCGGCACGGCCCACGGCAUGAGAUGCGACGUCUCUGAUAAAGAUGAGAUUUCGAAGCUACUGGCUUACAUCAGUGAGCGGGAGGACCACGUCGACAUGUUGGUCUCCAAUGCUGGUAUCAGGAGAGAUCCCCCACGGGCGUGCAACGUUUUGAAGGCGCCCUUGUCUGAGCUACAAGCGUCUCUGUGGUCCUCGCAUCCGUCAGACUGGGUCGAUACCUUCAAAGUCAACACUACGGCUCACUACUUCCUGACUGUGGCGUUCCUCAAGCUGUUGGACGCCGCCGCCCAGCGUGAUCUGGGUGACGGCCGCGUAGGUCGGAGCGAGGGCCGCGGAAUGGUGCUCCUGAUGAGCUCAUGCGCAAGCAUGCACAAUGCGACAAAUGUUGAUCUGACUAGCUACGCGACGAGCAAGGCCGCUACCGAUCAUCUGGUCAAGUUGCUGGCGGCAAAGCUUAGUCGCUUCUACAUUCGAGUUGUGGGCAUGAACCCUGGCUUCGUACCGAGUAAUAUGAAUAAGAUUGGACAGGAGGACAAUAUAUUUAGUAACUUGUUCGACAAGGUACCGGCCAAGAGAGCUGGUGACGAGCAAGACAUGAUUGGCACAGUCCUGUUUUUAGCCAGCCGGGCAGGGGCAUAUGUUGACGGAGUCAAUAUCUGCGUCGAUGGUGGUCGUGUUCUGGUCGCCAAUGGCCAGGAAUAA